AAUCUUGAUAGUAUAACAACGGACACAGUGCGAAACGUUUCUACAAAAAUUUAAUUCUGUAUUACGUCUGUAUUACGUUAUUAAGCCGUGUAGUGCAAGUUGUCUCCGCGUACAUGAGAGUGAUUCGGAUAUAAUACGUGUUUAUGUCCUCGUGUACACAUGUAAACGUUUUAUUAAACAUAUUCUGUCAGGUUGAUCUAAUUAUUUUUAUUUUAAUAAUCAUUAAUCUUACAAAUAUUUCAAACGUUGACAAUGAAAAAAAUGGAUGUAUUAAUAUUUUUUGUCUUUGUGACUCACGUACUACUUAUUUUUGGAAAAGUAGUUAUAAUGAACGAUAUGACGUCAAUAAACCAUGAAAUAACAUUGAUAUGUGUGUCUGAAAAUGAUGGCGGCGCUCUUGUAUGGAACCGUCUUACAUCGAUUGUCGAGGACAAAUACGAUUAUUAUGAAAUUAAUGGACUUCAAAAGAGUAAUAUAAUGUGUAAGAUGAAUGAAAAUAAAGGAUGCUUGGAGUCAUGGUCUAAACGUGACUGGAAACUUACAAAUUCCUUAGUAACACCAAUGGGUCCAGUAUUUGAUCAACGAUGGGAAGAAUUUCCACAAUAUGAAUCUUAUAAUGAGAUUAAAUUCUUAGGUGUUCUUAGAAGAACUAACUUUAACGAAGUAAAGCUUUCUUUUUCGGUUCGUACGGUGUACAACAUGAUGAUAUUAAUUUGCAACGGCAAGAAUGUUUACAAAGAUUCUUGCUAUUGGAUCGUAAUAAAUGGUUGGAACUAUACACAAUCCGUCAUUGAAAAAUGUGCAACGGAAGGCCAUGGAUUUAAUAAAUCCAAGGAUUAUUUUGACAUAUAUUCAGAGUGUUAUUUUGACGCCCUAGUAUCAAACAAACAACCAUUGUCUGAAAAUGAAUGGCGAACGUUUGUUAUUACAUGGAAUUUUGACACGGGCGAAAUAAUUCUUUACGAUACUGAUAAGAUCAUUUUGACAUAUACAGACGAGAAAAGAGAUGAGUUACGCUCAGACAAUAAUUAUUACAUGUUCAUUAAAAGCCUUGACGAAAUGUACUUUCGAGUGCAUAUAUAUAAAUUUUUGCAUACCACUGUUGAGAAUGCGACUUUAACAAGUCCCGUGUUUAAAGUUUAUGAUGAAGCGAUAUGUGUACAAUUAUUAGUUGGCCUUUGCGCCGAAUGCGAUGCAAGUAUAGUGUUGAGCAUAUAUAGUGAUUCCAAGAACGAUGAAGUAUUAGCAAUCAAACGGACAGUAAAAGGCUCCACAAAAGCCGCGGUUCAUGGCUUACCUAUGUGGCAAUCAGUUACUAUCAAGGGAAAUUCGAUCAACUAUAGUAAUUAUAGUGUAAUCAUGCAAUUAAUUCCUAAACUCAAUAAUCAUAACAUCAUUCCGUUAUGGGCGAUAGCAAAUGUUCGCCAGUGUCCUCAAGAUGGAACUUUGAGGAAAAAUGUUUUAACUUUUACAAAUUAUUACGAACCUAUUGAGAGGCAAAACGUGACAUGUCAAAAAUUAUUUUAUAAUGAACAUGCUGUCGUGAGUCCUGUAUCAAGUGUGAAAUCAGAUGUAAAUCUUGAUGCGUCAUACUGUCCUCUAGGAAAAAUUGGACCAAAUUGCUUAGUUUCCUGUGAAUAUGAUCUGUAUAAUACUUUUGAUUGCAGAGGAACUCAAAUUUGUUAUGAAAAUGGUUGCACGUGUGAUGCAGGUUUUUCAGGAAAAUGGUGUUGGGACUCUUGUAAUUCAAAUACAUACGGUUAUAAUUGCAUGAAAACAUGUGGCUCAUGUCUCUAUAACGAAACAUUAUCUAACAAUCGGUGUGAUACAAGAACUGGGAUAUGCAGUAACGGAUGUAAUAAUACUAAUACAGAAAUUUACAUUCCACCUUUAUGUCAAACAGGCGUAGAAAAGCCAAAUGCACCUACAGUUAUCGCAAUAAACGAAACGACUAUUUGGGCCAAUGUUUCUAUAACAUGGAAAGACGAAUACGAAGAAAUAUCGGUUCUUUAUUCUUUUGACAUUCAGGAACACAUCAAAUACAGUCAGCACUCAUGGAACACGUUAUUUCGAAAUAUGACACAAGUGACAAAAUAUUUUGAAAACAUGGAACCUGGUUUUACUUAUCAUAUUCGUCUAAGUUUAAAUAUUUCAGGUGUACAAAUACACAGCGAUUGGAAAGUAGUUGAGACUAAAUGCAAUCCGGCUGAAAAUUUCGAAGUAACACCAGAGGAAAACGGCAUAAUAAUUAAUUUACGAAUCAACCCAAAACAAUUACAUUUAUGUCCGGCAACGUGGUAUUAUCUGGUAAUUCACAAUGAAGAUACAAAUAAAGAAGUCGUUUCUACAUUAGUUCUAUCUUUUCCAUAUAAGUUUCAACCUUUAUCAUCACACACUUCUUUUAAUGUGACUAUAUCUCACAAAUAUCUUGUGUUAUUUUCAAAAUCGAUCAGCAUCAAUAAUGUUUCACCACUAUAUGAAGCGUGGUUAAUACCCAUUACAGCCAUUACUUCAUUCUUCGUCGUGAUAGUAAUAGCAUCUUGCUUGUACCGAAGAAAAAGACAACAAUGGAAUCAAAGACAAAUACGAAACGAAAUAGCUUUGUCGCAGAAAACUGUGAUCUGUAAACACGAAAAAAAAUCCAUAUUAUCAAAUAGAAUAGAAUUAAUGGAAGAUGUGCCACAUCUUUAUAAAAAUCUGUCUUCAUUGCGGGCAAAUAAACCAGAAAUGUUGGUUACUGCUGCUACGCACGACGAGGAAGACGAGACUGAAAUAAAAUCAUUGGUAAAAGUGAAAGAUUUUGAGGAAUAUGUCAGACAAGCGAUACAGUCAGGAUUACUGGAUAAACAAUACAAAACGAUAAAACAAGUGAUGAAGAAAUAUAUGGAUGACGCUUACUCCGAUUAUAUCAUUGCUAAUUACAUCACUGGUUAUAAAGAAGAGAAACGUUACAUAGCAACACAAGGACCCAAAACAAAUACUGUCAACGAUUUCUGGCGUAUGAUUUGGCAGGAAAACGUUUUUGUUAUUUGUAUGUUGACAAAUAUAGUCGAAAAUGGAAAGACAAAGUGCGAGCAAUAUUGGCCGGAUAUUGACAAGAAGAUGAAGUACGGCGACAUUAUUGUAUUAAACGAAAAGCAGAAUAUUUUCGCCAAUUACACUUUUAGAACUUUUCAAAUCACUUAUGGAGAAGAAACUCGAAAGAUAGAACAUUUACAUUACACGGCUUGGCCUGACUACGAAGUGCCAUUACAUACACACUCAGUGGUCACAUACUUGAAGAAACUGUUAGCGUUAUCACCUGGAGAUAGACCCGUGGUAAUUCAUUGCAGUGAUAGCGGUGGAAGGACGGGGAUUAUCAUUUUGUGUGACAUUUGCCUUCGUCGAGCAGCGGCCGAGGGAGUAGUUGAUGUUCUCGCCGAAACGGUAUCCAUUAGAAGUGAACGAGGUAACAUAGUUAAUAAUAAGCAACAAUAUAUCUUUGUGCAUUUGGUGUUAGUGGAAUGUUUGUUUUCCAUUCCGACUACAGUUCCGUGUAACGAGAUGUUGAUUACGCGAAUCAAGGAGUUGAAAGAACAAUUGCCUGUUCAUCAGCAAAGAUUACAGAACAUUGCAUGGCGAGAUGAAAUUCUGCGACAAGAUAAAGUCAGUACAGUAUAUUUAAAGAAAUACCUAACGUCGCACGAGGACAGCGAUUAUCUAUCCGCCGUUUAUGUAGACGGAGUAAAACUUCAGAAUCAGUAUCUAGCUACGCAGCUUCCCGUAUCAUCGACGAUUAAAACUUUUUGGCAAAUGAUUGCCGAAUUCAAAGUUGGACUUAUUCUCAUGCUACAGCCGCUAGAUUUGCAGGAUCCUGCUUGCUGUGAGAUCGCUCCUACAAGCGGUGAGUUUAAACCGAACCCAUAUUUGCACAUUACUGCGAAAGAAGCCGUUAAGGAGAAAUAUUAUACGUCACAAAAAUUGUUACUUGUUGAUAAUUUCGAGAAAUGUCCAAGAAAACAAGAUGUGACUAUAAUGUGUUUAACGGAAUGGAAACCCGGAAAGGAUCAACCACUGCCUCCAGUGAGAUCGAUGGUGACCUUUUGGCAAGCAGCUGAGUCGAUCGCAAGAGGCAAUGGACCUACUGUCACUCUUUGCCAUGACGGAGUAACUGGAUGUGGUCUGUAUCUAGCAUUGAGUUUCUUGAUAGAACGAAUGGCUGUCGAAAAGGAAUGCGACGUUUACUUAGCAGUGCGAACUGUCAAACGAUCAAGAACAAAUUUUGUUAGUUCUCUGGAACAUCUGGAAUAUCUAUACGAUGCCGCGGUGAUAUAUACGGAGUUUUUCAAAGGCUAUGCAAAUUUUUUGUAAAGCAAGAAUAAUCAAGCUAUAUCCUGGCAUACACAUACAGCGGUGCUUCGAUACAACAUCAUGCACAAAUCAUGCAAAUAUCCAUAAUGAAAUAUCUCGUAUUGCAAAAAAAGUAAAACGAAAUAUCGUCCAAGAUUUUCAUUAACAACUACAGAGAUUUAAUCGUACUACUGCGACAUCGAAAUCAUAAUAAAGAAACAAAAUCUGCUUGAGAAAAAAGUCCAUCAUGAAAAAAAUAAGAAUGUUUUAGCUAUAUUUAAAUUAUUUUUUAAAGAUUAACAUUUAUUAACUAAUAAUAAUCAAUUAUUGAUAUCGUCUAUAUUCAUUGUAUAAUUUACUAGAAUUAAGGAAAAGCAAUUACAUUUCUUAAUACACUGUUUCACAUAAGAAUUGUUUGCGAAAUUCUUAAACUUAAAGCAAUAAUUAAACAAGUAGUUUACCUUUUAGAAAUUUAAAAAAAUGAUUUUAACUAUAUAAAAAAAAUUGUAAACGAAGAAGACAAAUAUUGUAUUUCACAAAAGCAUAUAUGUAUAAAGUGUAUGUAAAUUUUACAAAUUUUUGUUUUUAUUGGCAAGCUUUUCAAUGCAAUAUUGACAAUGUUGAAACGAUUGUGUUUGAUAUUUUUUCUUAUGUCGAGAAUGUUUUCGAUUAAUCAACUUCAGAACAUUUUCGAUUGUUGCGUUUCAAUAGCGUACGACAAGAUGAACAAUCACUCGCGAGCGAUAUUUGAAUAACCACUAACAAUAAAAUUAGUAUUUAUUGAAAUUAGUAUGAAAUCCCUACAGCCUUACAUACUUUCCUUAAAAUCGUCUUGCGGUGAAAGGAAUAGCAGAGAAAAACGCAAAAAAAUUGACUCGCGUUAAGUGUCGUUAAUGUCAACGAUGGCUGCAAUCCUUAUGAGAGAUGGCAGAUAAUUGAAUAGAGUUAAAUAGUUAGAUAAAAGAAAGAUCAUUUUCAUGUACAAGGUUUUAACAAUAGUAGUUUGUUUCAAAAUGUGAUUUAGGGUUUUACUACCAUUAAAAAUUUGUCGCAAACCAUACUUCGGAAAUUCUUGACAUAGAAUUACUUUUUCUUUACAUGUUUGACAUAUUUAUAUGUAACAUCUCCCAAACAACAAAAUCUAAAAUUUAUAGGACGUCUUUAAGAUUGCUUUUAAAAAUGUAUUUGAAUAAAGACUUCUUUUAAAUGACUAAAGACGUCUUAUGACUCAAUUAGACUUCAUGUUAUCUGACUCUGUUACCGCGAACUUCCUUUUCAUCGGUUUUGGUCCAACAUUACUGUUGACGAAUCUUGAUAGUAUGAAAACAGACACAGUGCAAAACGUUUCUACAAAAAUUUAAUUCUGUAUUACUUCAUUAUUAAGCCGUGUAAUGCAAGUUGCUGUCUCCGGGUACACGAGAGUGAUUCGUAUACAAUACGUGUUUAUGUAUACAUACGUAAACAUCUUAUUAAACGAAACUGUUUCAUUAGAUUCAACUUGGCAAUAAAAUUUUUUUAAAGAAAAGGAACUACUCAAAGUAAUCUAAUCAAAUU